AUGUGUGUGGCCUGUGUGGUUGGAGUGACUGAUCUGGAUAACAAGGGCCUAACAUUAUCUUCCAGACCGUUUACUUCUCGCCUCUUGAGCAGUUUUCUCAUCAGUUAUUGUGUGAUAUCCACUGCCAGCUACAUAUUCCCGAAAGAGACGAGUGCAAAGGCCGCCGACGCCGACCUCGAAAUUGUUCGAUCCCGGGUUGAAGGGCUGACGCAAGGACCUGGGUCGCAGCAGCGCACGCCCUCAAACUCAUUCCCAGGCCCCGAGCUGGGGCAGAACGAAAUCAGCUUUCCGCUUCUUGUAUAUAUCCGUCAGCGAAAUGGACGACCUUAUAGACCCAGCGAUCCUGAAUGGAAGACGUUUCAACGACUACAGCAGGACAAGAAACUCCUGCACGAUUUAAAAGUGGAGGUUGCUCGACAGGCGGAGAAGGAAGCGAAGAAACGAGGACAACUGGCCGCAUUUCUCGGGAUCAUCAAGCCGGGCCAAAUGCGAGUGAAUUUGGAACUCGUCGUCCCCCUCAACCGGCCCCCUGUGUAUGAGGUACCAUAUUUUGUGAGUAAGUCUGGCCAGGCCUCGGUCGAUUGGCGUCCUCUACCAGAGAGUUUGGGGAGCAAACUGGAUCGUGCUUUCCAUCCCAUCAUUCUUUCGAGAGCUUUCUAUCAUGGGCUUAGAGAAUUCUGGGUCGUGUCAUAUCGAAUCACAAAGGCCCGAGUGCAGGAUCGAUUGAAUUCUACGAGGCCUUCGUCUGGCGGUGUCCAGACUAGCAGCAGUAGCAGCAAGAUAAACCCGUUGUAUCUGGUGCGUCCGCCGACGAGGCCUCCCACUGAAGAGGAAAAGACAGCUCAGCAACUACCGAUCCGUGGAGUUUCGGAGAACGAUAUGAAAAAAAUGUUACCAUUUCUGCGCGGCGAGUAUGGAGAACAUGCCUCGAGACAGGCCUACCGUGAUGCUGUCAGGUCAAUGACAUACCAACAUGCCAUCGAGUCAGCCUGUACGGUGUUCCGUUUGCAUUGGUCUCUGGGACAAGCGAAAGCGGAGCGCACCGACGCUCGGGACCCAUGCCAUAUCAUUGGGUAUGUCGAAUUUGUCGGGGAACGUGGCAAGCUGCGUCUGGAUGUGUUUGCCGUCUACUCUCCCCAAUCCAAGAGCCUUGUCGGCCGGCCCAUGAUCACCAAAGCAUAUGGGAUCCCAGACGCUACGACAUGGCACAAACCAUUGAGCUCCCGCAACCGACCUAGCUUCUUGCAACCAGAGGGGAUGAAGAGCCCCGAUUCUAAACAUCAAACCCAUCCGCCCGAGGAUUCCGCCACCGACUCUUCUGCCGCGGAGAAAGAAAGGAGAGAAGUAGGUUCACGGGAAGAGGAAAGAGGGGGAGAAAAGUGA